UUUGAACGGCUACUCUGGUACAGAGCGAUCACAGAGAGAGAGAGAGAGAGAGAGAGAGCCGCGUGCAAUUAUCACCAUGUCAGCGCUGCCGCUCCUUCUCAAGCACCCAACGCUCUUCGCCUCCGUUUACGCCCUGCCCCAUGAAUGGGCGCGCCCAAUACUCACCUCCACCGCCAUUAUAAUAGCCCGACCCAUCUCCUCUUUCCCUUUCGCCCCAAAUUCCCACCCGCAUAGAUUGCCGCCCGGGUGGAGGCUAACCCCCUGCUUCCCGGCGCACGAUAGGUCCUCCUUUUGCAAGCUAGGGUUUCGCGGCCACAGAUCUUCGUUUUCUUCUCAACACGGUGGAGGAGGACUCACUCGCAUGGGUUCCGAGAACAGAGCCGAUCGCUGGCCGCCGGAGGACAAUGCCUCCUCUCCGCCUGACAACCUUAAUUUCCGCCUCCGCCAACCUCCGUCGUCUCCGCCUUCGUCCGAACAGAAGCUGCUCACCUUGCCCACUAUCUUGACCAUUGGUCGCGUCGUCGCCGUUCCGCUUCUAGUUGGAACCUUUUACAUGGAUAGUUGUUGGGGAUCAACUGCUACAACAAGUAUUUUCAUUGCUGCUGCAAUUACAGAUUGGCUUGAUGGGUAUCUUGCUCGCAAAAUGAGGUUAGGAACUGCAUUUGGUGCAUUUCUUGAUCCAGUAGCUGAUAAGCUCAUGGUUGCUGCCACCUUAAUCUUGUUGUGUAGCAGACCCUUGGAGGUUCCUAUGUUUGCUCAAAUGCAAUGGCUACUGACUGUACCUGCAAUUCUGAUAAUUGGUAGAGAGAUAACUAUGUCUGCUGUUAGAGAAUGGGCUGCUUCUCAGAAUGGUAAACUCUCAGAGGCUGUUGCUGUAAAUAAUUUGGGGAAGUGGAAAACAGCCACACAGAUGACUGCACUAACAAUCCUCCUGGCAACCAGAAACAGCAGUCUCUCAGGGUCUGGGACUCUUGUUGCUUCUGGUGUUGCUUUGCUUUAUAUCUCAGCAUGGCUUUCUCUGUGGUCUCUAGUGGUGUAUAUGAGGAAGAUAUGGAAAGUGUUGCUCAAGUGACCGAGACCCUUGACUUGGGCUUUCAAGUAGUUUGUCCAUGUUAACUGGUUUAUGUACAGUAACUUAUUGACAAAUCGAUCACCAACCUUGAGGAAGAAUUCCUUAAAGAGUGGACACAAGGGGAAGCCGCACACCGUGUUUCUUGUAUUUGUUACUUGCCAUUGGGAUUUGGUUGGAAGAGUCAGCUUCAUUAUUCUGUUUCUGAGGCUGGUAAUAUGUCUUCUAACCUUAAGGCUGAUUUUCUAUGUCAAGCCGCCAACCAAGUAUAUAUUUUUUUGAUAAUGGUAGAUUUCCUUUUAAUA